AUGUUAAUAUUCAUAACAUUCAUAACAUUAAUAAAUGCAGAAACAUGCUAAUGUAAUACUGGUAUUUGUAAUGCACAAAUUUGCUACUGUCCUUAUCCUUUUGCUGGAGAACACUGUGAUUACAUAUUAAAACUAGGAUAUGGUAUGAAUUACACAGCAGAAUUUGAUCAUUAUAUUGGUCAUAAUCGAAUAAAAUAAGAUAAUGAUUGCAAAUCAGAUUGUAAUAAAUAAGGUUUGUGUUUAUAAUCUUAAUGUUAUUGUAAAUCGCCUUAUGGUGGACAAUAUUGCUAAUUUAAAUUGUUUUUUGUAGAUGAUAAUGAGAAUAAAACUUAGAUUCAAACUCUGGAUAAUUUAUUUAAUUUUCAUAUGGAUUUGUAGACUUCUAAGAAUAUAAUGACUCAGAUAAAAUAAUUUGAUAAAAAAGAGAUGUAUAAGAAAUGCCCAGUUCCUUGUAGAAAUGGUGGUUAUUGUGUAUUUGGUUAAUGUAUGUGUAAAUCACCUUAUGUUGGAGAUUACUGUUAAUUUCGAAUAGAAUUUGAAUAGGGAAUGCCUGUAAAAUAAUAAAAUUAUUGAUAGCAUUAUCAAGUUUACAUGUUAAUGAUAUUUUCAUGUAUAGUUGGUAUAGCUGUGGCUGUGAUAUUAUUUAUGAUAUUGAAAAUAAUAGAAGAUGAGAAAAAGAAAUAUGAAUUAAUAAGUGGUGAGAAUAAAGAUUUAUGGGAAAAGAAAUGA